GAACAAAGCUAUUUUAAUGUAAAUCGCCUGCUGAGGAGAGAAUCGGUCGAAGCUGAGAGUUGAGAGUUCGCCCAAGAAAAGCGUGAAUAACUGCUACAGCACUACAUCAGACACAUCAUCAAUUACCUGUCAGAAAUACAAUUAAAAGGACAUCAUGGACCCGCCUCGAUUUUCGAUGCAGAUGCAGCCGCAUGAGGCUCACAGGUGCGUAGUAUCGAGGAUCAUGCAGUGACCACGACGGGAUAAAAUGCUAAUCCCAACGAGGCAACGUGGAAAUGGGAAAGCCGACGCCUCUGAGAAGGAGGCGGUCGCGGAAGAUGCCUCCUCGAAGAAAUGGGGAGCAUCUUGCGCUCCAAGAUGUUCUUCGCACCCUCCACCGCUGGUGUCAGGAGGACAACUGCUGCUGCAUCUAGGAUGGCUCUCGUGCUCGUCGUCCGCCCGGUCAAGAAUAAACCGAUGCAGGAGGCGGCCUCUCUCGAAAUCAGCAAGGAGAAAAGCUGCGGCUUCUGCAACGACCUUGUUGGCACUCCUGGUUAGCAGAACUACCCUUUUUUUCGAUGCGGGUCGUGGAAACGUGGUGCAGGGCGAGACUCCCACAGAGGAAUUGUCGACAAUGGUCGCUGAGUCGGCAAUCAAAGACCCAGAAGCGUUUCUCGAUGACGCUGAACGAGAAACGGCGCUCAUCCUCGACUCCCUCGCUUUUAAGGUAGCGAACUUCUAGAACAGCCCUGCGAUAUAAUACAAAUACAGUUGCAACAAAAAGAUGAAAAGCCAAAGCGUGAGAAGAAUCAACGUCGUCUAUGACCUCUUAGUCCUUUCUUGAGUUUCUCAAAACCUCUUACAGGUUCGUCCGCACAUGCCCGCCGACGAUGUUGAUGACGAUGUAGUUGAUGACGAUGGAGAAGAAGUUGGUAUGUUGGACACUGAGGAGCAGGGAUCCUCGUUCAUUCAACAACAGCAAACUCAAGUGUCAGCCGAACGGACAGCUCCAGCAGUGAGCCAAGAAGUAAUGGUGGAAAACUAUCACAACGACCUGAUGCAUCUCGCGCGCCACUUCAGAGCACGAUGUCUGCAGUGCCAAGCACGAGUGAAGAUCUUGGCUGAAAUCAAGCGGGUCCCGGAUGCGAAAUAUUGUUAUGUUGCUGAGAGUAGGUCAACAUUUUUUUCUUCUUGUCGGAUCCAUCUUCUUCAUUUUUAGAAGUACUUUUUAUCAUCAACAUCUACUUCCGUUUUGUUAAACUACAACUGAGAGCUCCUCGAGCUUCACCAGGAGAAGCUAACGUCUUCUACAAAGCAACUUUUCACGACUUCUUUAUGAACUCAUCUUGCGGGCCGCCGCUCUUCCUCUAAUAUCCGAUUGACCGCAUGGAUCGAGCUGGGAGGCUUUGCAUCGACCUUUACACGAACAUUCUCGUGUACCGUGCCUCAGCUGCUGCGGGAGUUGAUAUUGUAUGGUGCACACACCCUUCUUCAUUUUUACAGAUCCGCAAGAAGAUCGAAGUUUGAAUUGUUGAUAUGCUAGAAUAGCGUAGGUGUUCGGCGUAGCCAAUGUAGGAGCGUUAAAUCGGUGCUGCCUGUCAUCCAAUCAUCCACGCCAAUACUCCGGCUUCUGGGGGCUGCGCAUCCUACACGCAGUGCAUUCGGGGCGCCGAGUGUAGUAAUCCAUCUUCUGUAUUCCGUCAUCUUUCAAAGUCCCACCCUGCCCUCCUCUCCCUUCCAUUUUCCCAUCCUUUCUCAAAUCCGCAAGAAGAUCGAAGUCGGGUUUGAAGUUGACUAUCCUCUCCACACGUUCCUGCUUCUCUAAGAAACCCAUCUUGAUUUCGUGUCCUCUUCUAGUAUGUACACCACAGCACUUCGAUCUUGUUCUUGCGGAUUUUGAAGAGAAUUCUUGCCGAUUUUGAAAGAAAUAUCUCCACACGUAGUUCCUGCUUCUCUAAGAAACCUGUCAGUCGGGGCCCCACCUGCAACUGUCCCGUUGCUGGAGCUUGCAGGUGCGAAGAUCAGAAUGCAACAAACAAGUUCCUCAUCUUUAGCUGAGCUCGCUUCUUCUAGUGGUGAGGAUGGCCGCGGAAUGGUCGAAGAGGGAGUUGCAGUUAUGGCAAGCAUGCGCAUAUAUAGACAAACAACAUAAUUAUAUUCCGGUAGAAAACUACUUUUGCCUGUAAGGCUGAAGAUUACUGACAAGAAAUAGUCUACAAGUUCGUUACCUACAAGUUCGUUUUCCAUCAUUGUCUCUUUCCAUCUGCAUCAUCUACAUCUUCUCGCCUGCAUCAUCUUCUCGACGCCUCGACAACUCCCAAGUACGAGCUAUAAGAGGUGCUUGCAACUAAUUAAGUCUGACCUCAACCUCGUGCUAGGUAAAUGAAUGAAUGAAUGAAUGAAUGAGUCCUCAUUUCCGUCGUCUCUCCUCGACAACUCCUAAGUACUUUCUCCUCCUCACUUUACUUCUUUCUCUAAUAUCUUGGAUAUGUUCGCUUCCCCGGCUGCCACCGUUGCUGCUGCCACGUUUCAAGAGGGAUUUCGGGAAGCCAUCGUGAAGAUAUUGACCGACUCGUCAUUGGGGAAGUCCAAGUAUGCCCCAUUCACGACCAAAAUGAUAAAGAUCAAUCACGCCUACGCUCAGACGGUACAACUACUUAAGAAGUACUUCUACUUCUGUACAACUAAGAAGUACUUUUUUUUAAUUAUAUGAGUGAUGUAGUAGGUCUACUUCUGUACAACUAAGAAGUACUAUUUAUAAUUAUUAUAUGAGUGAUGUAGUAGGUUGAGGUCGUGUAGGUGACCGUCGACGUCGCAUUUACUUCUUUCCACGUGUACUUUUCACUUCAUUUUUUCAUAAUUUUUGGCUCGACGAAUUCGUUCCUGUAACAGGACACUUUAUUUUGUUGCGAUUCGGAAACUUCAGGCAUCUUCGUACUCGUCUUCUUUUAUCGAGGGUGGUGGCUCGAAGACGAAGCAGGACACUGCAAGUGACGCCAUUAAGGACAGCACUUACUUCAGACAUCAAAGAUGCAUGCACAUGCAAUCUCAAACUAAAUUUCUUCAUCUUGAUCUUCGCAGUCCUUGCCUCUUUGCUUUCUGUUGCCAGAUUGAUAGACAAAUGCAAGGGGACAAAGGACCAUGCUCCUGACCCACCAAUUGCAAUUAUAAGAUUAGACUUAAUACUCGUGCUCGUCCAUAGAUUCUAUGCUUACUUUGCUGGAAAGUCCUAGGUUGUUGACCCAGCUACUAUGUAUUUAAGAUUACCAGCAACUAUGUAUUUCAAAGGACUUCUACAGCUCUAAUUCACCCACCACCAUUUGGUAUGCGAAUUUCGAAUAUGAUGUCCUCUACACGGUCCCGCAAUCUAUCCAGCAAUCCGGGAAGCCAAUCAUGUCCGCGGAAGACUUGGACCAGACAAGUCUGACGGAGGUCUCAGCUUUGCUGAAAGCCAAUUCUACAGCAUUCACUGGAGGUGAUAGUUUAUGGCAUCAUGUUGAUGAAGAUGUUGAUUGCAUGUUGAUUGCGUGUUGUGGUCAAUCAAUAUCAAAAUUUGCUGGGUAACUUCAUUUCCUGGAUAAGAAAAAGAAGUUUUCUUUUAUUACUUUGUUGUACUUAGUUCUUGUACUAGCAUUCGAAGAAAAGACUGGAAGCUAUAACUGCUUUGUGGUCAAUCAAUAAUUUUUGAUUUUCCUUCUUCCCGAUGGCCGAUUGCGACAUAAUAUUCGUAGCUACCUCCACUUGUUCGUAGCUAGAAGUCUAGCUAGAAGUCCACUUGUUUUACCUCUUCCCGAUGGCCGAUUGCGACAUAAUAUUCGUGGUAGCUACCUCCACUUGUUCGUAGCUAGAAGUCUUCAUUCCCCGGAUCGUCCAAGAGCGCAUUUUCAAGGAGUUUUACGAGCGCUUUGGCCACUGCGGGUUUUGACACUACGAAGUUGACGGUUCAGGCGGUCGAGGUGUUCGAGGCUCAAAAUUCAACUACAACCACAUCUACCACCACCUCCACAGCCACUGCAACGACGACCACAGUAACCACGACCACAGUAACCACGUCCACGGUGACAACGUCCACGGUGACAUCGACUACGACCACUACCACGUCUUCUACCGCUACUUCGAGUACUACUAGUACAACGACGUCAACGACCACGACAGUUGCCCCAACCACGG